AUGGGGGACGGUACGAUGGGAUCGGUUAGCUUUCUGCAUCUGGGCGACAUCGUGUCCCUCUACUCGGAGGGCAGUGUGUCCGGGUUUCUCAGCACCCUCGGCCUCGUCGAUGACCGGGUGGUGGUGUGUCCGGCCGCGGGCGACCUCAACGAUCCGCCGGAAAAGUUCCGCGACUGUCUCAUCAAAAUCUGUCCCAUGAACCGCUACUCGGCCCAGAAGCAGUUCUGGAAGGCGGCCAAACAGAGCACCACCGCGAACACCGACACCAGUUUGCUGAAACGAUUGCAUCACGCGGCGGAGAUCGAGAAGAAGCAAAAUGAGUCCGAGAAUAAGAAGCUCCUCGGGACGGUCGUGCAGUAUGGCAGCGUGGUGCAGUUGCUGCACCUGAAGUCAAACAAAUACGUCACGGUCAACAUCCGGUUGCCGGCGUUGCUGGAGAAGAACGCGAUGCGGGUCUAUCUCGAUGCGAACGGUAACGAGGGCUCCUGGUUCUACAUCAUGCCGUUCUACAAGCUGCGCUCGGCCGGCGAUAACGUCGUGGUAAGCGAUAAGGUGAUCCUGAAGCCGGUCAACGCGAAUCGGCAAAAUCUGCACGUGGCCGCCACCUACGAGCUGCCGGACAACCCGGGCAGCAAGGAGGUGAACGUGCUGAAUUCGUCCACCUCCUGGAAGAUCACGCUGUUCAUGGAGCAGCGCGAGAACCAGGAGGACGUCCUGAAGGGGGGCGAUGUGGUGCGGUUGUUUCACGCCGAGCAAGAAAAGUUCCUCACGAUGGACGAAUACAAGAAGCACCAGCACGUGUUUCUGCGCACGACCGGCCGCAGCAGUGCGACGGCGGCCACCAGCAGCAAGGCGCUCUGGGAGGUGGAAGUGGUCCAGCAUGACAGUUGCCGGGGCGGCGCAGGGCACUGGAACUCACUGUUUCGCUUCAAGCACCUCGCGACGGGCUACUACCUGGCGGCCGAGAUCGAUGAGGACAUUUCGCGCACGGAAAAGUCUAGCAGCUCUAGCCAUCCGGCCGGUGGGGACUCGUUCCGGCUCGUACCGGUUCCACACUCGACCGACAUUGCGUCGGUGUUUGAGCUGGACUCGACGACCAUCACUCGGCCGGAGGGACUGGUGCCACAGUCGAGUUACGUCCGGUUGCGGCACCUCUGCUCGAACACCUGGGUCCACGCCACGUCCGUGCCGAUCGACAUCGACGACGACAAACCGGUGAUGUCGAAGGUGGGCUGCUCGGCGAUCAAGGAGGACAAGGAGGCGUUCCAGCUGAUCCCGGUGUCCCCGGUGGAGGUGCGCGAUCUCGACUUUGCCAACGAUGCCUGCAAGCUGCUGCUGGCGAUGAGCACGAAACUCGAGAACGGGACGAUCUCGUCGAACGAGCGACGCUCGCUGAUUGCCCUACUGCAGGACAUUGUGUUCUUCAUCGCGGGCCAGGAGAACGAUCAGAACAAGUCGGACGCCCUCGACUUGACGAUCAACAACCCGAACCGGGACCGCCAGAAGCUGCUGCGAGAGCAGUACAUCCUGAAGCAGCUGUUCAAGAUCCUGCAGGGGCCGUUCCAGGAGACGAAAACGAACGAUGGGCCGUUCCUGCGGAUCGAUGAGCUGGGCGAUCCGAAGAACGCCCCGUUCAAGAACAUCUUCCGGUUGUGCUACCGGAUCCUGAAGCUCAGCCAGCAGGACUACCGCAAGAACCAGGAGUACAUCGCAAAGCACUUCGGUUUGAUGCAGAAACAGAUCGGGUACGAUAUUCUGGCGGAGGACACGAUCACAGCGCUCCUGCACAACAACCGGAAGCUGCUCGAGAAGCACAUCACGGCCGCGGAGAUCGAAACGUUCGUCGGGUUGGUGCGCAAAAACAUGCAGAGCUGGCAGUCACGCUUUCUGGACUAUCUGUCCGAUUUGUGUGUCUCGAAUAAGAAAGCGAUCGCGGUCACGCAGGAACUGAUCUGCAAGAGUGUGCUGAGUUCGAAGAACGCCGACAUACUGAUCGAAACGUUUCUGCGCGAAGUCGACGACGAUCCGUUGGGGUAUCUGAGUGAACUGGAGCGCGGGAACCGAGAGUUUACGGAACUGCGCGAGGUGGACGAAACUGGCCCCUCGUCACCGGUCGGCGCUGAAGGAGCUGCUGACGGAGCGAAGCGAAAGGACGACAAGAAGCGUCACGAGGUGGUGCUGAUGUGGACGAACCGGACGCUAUCAAAAUCGAUGAGCCGGUUGGCGCAGGGGUUGAAGAUUGGCCGCACGAACGAUAUCGCGAUCCUGGACUACUAUCGGCACCAGUUGAACCUAUUCUCGAACAUGUGCCUCAACCGGCAGUACCUGGCGCUGAACAACCUGUCGCCCCACCUCGAUAUCGAUCUCAUACUGCGCUGCAUGUCCGACAAGACCGUUCCGUAUGAUCUGCGGGCCUCGUUCUGCCGCCUGAUGCUGCACCUGCACGUCGAUCGCGACCCGCAGGAACCGGUCACGCCGGUCAAGUACGCCCGCCUAUGGUCCGAAAUACCGACCGUCAUGUCGAUCAACGAUUACGACAUCGAGAAGCAGCCGGACAGCAACAAGGAAGCCGUUCGGGCCCGGUUCAAUAAAACGAUCGCCUUCGUAGAGGACUAUCUCUGCAAUCACGUCGUGUCGAAGAUGUGGUUCGCCGACCAGGACCAAAACAAGCUGACGUUCGAGGUGGUCAAGUUGGCGCGCGACCUGAUCUACUUCGGGUUCUACAGCUUCAGCGAUCUGCUGCGGCUGACGAAGACGCUGCUUAACAUACUGGACUGUGUGUCGAGCAGCGAGGCCGACGGAACCGGACUUCCCACCGGCCACAUCGAUUCUGAGGGCGGUGUGUUGCGUCGGAUUGGCGAUAUGGGCGCCGUGAUGACGUCCCUGACACUGGGCCCAAUCUCGACCGCCAUCGUUUCACCGACCAUCCAGCACCGCAAGUCCGUUUCGCAGCUACUGAAAGAGUACCCGCUGGUGAUGGACACCAAGCUGAAAAUUAUCGAGAUCCUGCAGUUCAUUCUGGACGUGCGCCUGGACUAUCGCAUCAGUUGCCUGCUGUCGAUCUUCAAGCGUGAGUUUGAUGAAAACGAGCAAACCACGACGGACGCUCGAGCGAUCGUUCCCGACGGAAGUUCUGCUGCGGAGCUGCCCAACAAAUCCGCCCCAUCUCAGGGGGGUCCACCCACCGAAGGACCACCGAAAGUGGCAGUCGGUGGGCUUCCACCGACGGCGGAGAACAUUAAUCUGCGGCAGAAGAACAUUGACCUGGAGUCGAUCGGCUACCAGGCGGAGGGUAUCUUCGGGUGCACCGAGGAUACCUACAAUCCGCUCGAUUUGGACGGCCAAGGGGGCCGGACGUUCCUGCGCGUCCUGCUCCACCUGAUCAUGCACGAGUAUCCGGCCCUGGUGUCCGGUGCGUUGCAUCUGCUGUUCCGUCACUUCAGCCAGCGCCACGAGGUGUUGCACGCGUUCCGACAGGUGCAGCUUCUGGUGUCGGACAGUGAUGUCGAGUCGUACAAACAGAUAAAAUCCGAUCUGGACGUGCUGCGCCAGAGUGUGGAAAAGUCGGAACUUUGGGUGUACAAAUCGAAACAAACGGACGAUCUGCUGAGCGGCGAUGGUGCUGGAGAUGGUCUCAACUUUGACCAGGGACCGGAGCUGAACCCCGAGCAGGCCCUCGAGUACAAGAAGAUCCAGCAGAUUCUGAUCCGCAUGAACAAACUGUGCGUCACGCCCAUCGGCCCCGAUGGGUUCGUGAAGCCCCGGAAGCACGAGCAGCGCCUGUUGCGAAAUGUGGGUGUGCACACGGUUGUCCUGGAUCUGCUGCAGAUUCCGUACGACGAAAAGGACGACUAUCGGAUGAACGAGCUGAUGCGGUUGGCGCACGAGUUUUUGCAAAACUUUUGCCUCGGCAACCAGCAGAACCAGAUUCUGCUUCACAAGCAGCUCGAUCUGUUCCUCAACCCGGGGAUUCUCGAAGCGGAAACGGUGUGUGCGAUUUUCAAAGACAAUCUCAACCUCUGUAACGAGGUAAGCGACAAGGUGGUGCAACACUUUGUCCACUGCGUCGAGAUCCACGGGCGGCACGUGGAGUAUCUAAAGUUCCUGCAGACGAUCAUUAAGGCGGAGAAUCAGUUCAUUCGCAAGUGCCAGGACAUGGUGAUGCAGGAGCUGGUGAACGCGGGCGAAGAGGUGCUCGUGUUCUACAACGAUAAGGCCUCGUUCAACUACUUUGUCGAUCAGAUGCGCAACUUCAGCAGCGGUACGCUGGCCGAUCCGAUCCCGCUGAUGUAUCACAUCGAGCUCGUGAAGCUGCUGGCCUGCUGCACGAUGGGCAAGAACGUGUACACCGAGAUCAAGUGCAACAGUCUGCUGGCGCUGGACGACAUCGUGGCGAUGAUCUCGCACCCGGAUUGCAUUCCCGAGGUGAAGGUGGCUUACGUGGACUUCCUGUGCCACUGCUACAUCGACACGGAGGUGGAAGUGAAGGAGAUCUACUCGUCCAACCACAUGUGGUGUCUGUUUGAGAAAUCGUUCCUGAUCGACAUCAACAACGUGGUGAAGGGGGGCUCGUUUACCAAUCGCCAGCUCGAGAACUACGUGUGCAACGAGGUGAUGAACAUACUGACCACUUUCUUCAAUAGUCAGUUCUCGGACCAAAGUACCGCUUUGCAGAAACGGCAGCUGAUCUUCGUGAAGAUCUUGCAAAACUCGUUCAAGCUCACGCAGUGCAAAUGGUUGUCGCCAUCGCAGCGCUUCAACGUGGAGAACUGCAUCCGGACGUUGUCGGAGAAGGCGAAACCGCGCGGCAUCGCGAUACCGAUCGACCUGGAGAACCAGGUGGUGAAGAUGUUCAACAAAACGGCCAUGCUUUCGCGCCAGACCAGCAAGUGGUUGCUGGUGACGAAGCAAACGAAGAUGGAGCGCUCGCAGUCGCAGAUCAUGCGCAUGGAUCGGAGCAUCAUCGAGGGGCUGCAGGACAUUGUGUCCCUGCUCGAGGACAAACUGAAACCGUUGGUCGAGGCGGAACAGUCGCUGCUGGUCGACAUCCUGUACCGCUCGGAGCUGCUCUUCCCGCCGAACACGGAGUCGCGCAAAAAGUGCGAAACGGGAGACUUUAUCCGCCACCUGAUCAAGCACACCGAGAAGUUGCUGGAAGAGAAGGAAGAAAAGCUGUGCGUAAAGAUCCUGAAAACGCUCAAGGAGAUGAUGACGAUCGAUUGCGAUUACGGCGACAAGGGCGAUCAUCUGAGGACGAUUCUGUUGAAGCGCUACUUUGGGAACGACUUCUUGGUGCAGCUUCCGCUGGCAGCCCUUCCCGGGGCGAUUGGCGCUGGUGGGGCCGGUGGUCACGGUGGGAUACUACAGCCGGCAAUCGUGGCCGGUGGUGCCGCUAGUCCUGCGAUGCCGAGCGUUUCGCAUGGGCCGGGUGCGAAGUAUCUGAUCCGGGCUGGCCGUACGCUACACGAGGUGCAGAACCAUCUCGACAAGGAAGGUGCCAGCGAUCUGGUAAUCGAGCUGGUGAUCAAAUCGAUCAACUCGCCGUCGAUCUUCGUGGAAGCGAUCGAGCUGGGCAUUGCGCUGCUCGAGGGCGGAAACCCGAUCAUCCAGAAGGGUAUGUACAACAAGUUCCUGAGUAACGAUCUGAGCCAAUCGUUCUUCAAAGUGUUCUUCGACAAGAUGAAGGACGCACAGCAGGAGAUCAAAUCGACCGUCACGGUCAACACGUCCGAUAUGGCGGCGAACAAGGCGAGCGAGAGUAAGGCGGAAGGCAAGGAUCUGGACAAGAUCGGGAACCGCAAGGCACUGAACAAGGUGAACGGGAUUGUGAUAACGGAGGACUUCAAGGAGGAACUGCAGAACGCGGCCCUGAUGACGCAACAGUCGUACAUUAACGCGCGCAGUCUGGCCACGACCGCCGACGGUGUGGGGUCCGAUAAUGGGGACGAAAGUUCGCUCAUGAGCAUCGGCAGCUCGGCCCUGGAGGACAUUUUGGCGGAGAAGCUCGAGAAGCACAAGGACAAGGACGAGAACAGUAAGCUCUCGAACAAGGUGCUCGUGAUGCAGCCGAUCUUGCGCUUUUUGCAGCUUCUGUGCGAGAACCACAACCCGGAGCUGCAAAACCUGUUGCGUAAUCAGAACAACAAAACGAACUACAAUCUCGUGUCGGAGACGCUCAUGUUCCUGGACUGCAUCUGCGGCUCGACGACGGGCGGGCUGGGUCUGCUCGGACUGUACAUCAACGAGAACAAUGUGGCGCUGAUUAACCAGACGCUGGAAACGCUCACCGAGUACUGUCAGGGGCCGUGCCACGAUAAUCAGAACUGUAUCGCGACGCACGAAUCGAACGGUCUCGACAUCAUCACGGCGCUCAUACUGAACGACAUCAAUCCGCUCGGCAAGAACCGGAUGGAUCUGGUGUUGGAACUGAAAAACAACGCCUCGAAGCUGCUGCUCGCGAUUAUGGAGUCGCGUGGUGACAGUGAGAACGCGGAACGGAUUCUGGCCAACAUGAACCCGAAGCAGCUGGUGGACGUGGCGUGCCGGGCGUACCAUCAGGACGAGAACAUUCUGAUUUUGCGGCACGAUCUCGGUGACGAUGGGCACGAUGACGAUGAUGUUGGCGUGUCGCCGAAAGAGGUCGGUCACAACAUCUACAUCCUGUGCCACCAGCUGGCGCAGCACAACAAAGAGCUGGCCGGCUUGCUCAAAAUUGACAGCUACAGCACGGCCACACCGGCCAACAGCAAAACCAACCAAGCGCUGCUGUACUACCAAACGCACACGGCCCAGAUCGAAAUCGUGCGCCACGAUCGCACGCUGGAGCAGAUCGUGUUUCCGAUACCGGAGAUCUGCGAGUAUCUGACGAAGGACACGAAGGUCCGGGUGCUGAACACGGCCGAACGGGAUGACCAGGGUAGCAAGGUGGCCGACUUUUUCGAUCGGCACGAGGCCAUGUUCAACGAGAUGAAGUGGCAGAAGAAGCUGCGCGGUCAACCGGCCCUGUUCUGGGUCAGCAGCUACAUGUCGCUGUGGAGCACGAUUCUCUUCAAUCUCGCCGUACUGAUCAACCUGAUCGUGGCCUUCUUUUACCCGUUCGAAAAUGCUGUCCCCGAGCUAAGCUUUCACCUGUCGUCGCUCAUCUGGCUCGUUAUGCUCGUCUCGUUGGCGAUCGUCAUCACGCUGCCCCGUCAGUCGGGCAUCCGCACGUUCGUGGUGGCCCUGAUUCUGCGGCUAAUCUUUUCCUGUGGUCCGGAACCGACGCUCUGGCUGCUUGGGUGCAUCACCGUGGUCAUGAAGGGCGUGCACAUCAUUAGUCUGAUGGGCAACUAUGGGACACUCGAGAAACACUUCGUUUCGAUCGUGACCGAUGCGGAGCUGCUGUACCACUUCUUCUAUCUGCUGUUUUGCGUGUUCGGUGUGCUGCUGCAUCCGUUUUUCUUCUCCAUUCUGCUGUUCGAUGUGGUGUACCGUGAGGAAACGUUGCUAAACGUAAUUCGAUCCGUUACGCGAAACGGGCGUUCGAUUAUAUUGACCGCCGUGUUGGCACUCAUUCUGGUCUACAUGUUCUCCAUCAUCGGGUACAUGUUCUUCCGGGACGAUUUUCUGGUACCGGUCGACGAGGAGUAUAGCCCGACGGUGGGGUCGACGUUGUCCGCCGAUGGGGUCGACUGUUCGUCUCCCGACUCGAUGGUUCAGCAGGCGUGUGCCAAGCUGACGACUCCGCCGGGGGCUGACGGUGAUGAUGGGGAGAUGAAGGAGCGCGGCUGUGAUUCGAUGAUCAUGUGCAUCAUUACCACGAUGAAUCAGGGCCUCCGGAAUGGGGGAGGCAUCGGUGAUAUCCUUCGAGCGCCCAGCCGCCGGGAAACGCUGUUCGUGCCGCGCGUGAUCUAUGAUCUACUGUUCUUCUUCAUCGUGAUCAUCAUCGUUCUGAACCUGAUCUUCGGUGUGAUCAUCGAUACGUUUGCGGACCUGAGAAGCGAAAAGCAGCAGAAGGAGCUGAUCCUCAAGAACACGUGUUUCGUGUGCGGCCUGAAUCGGUCGGCGUUUGACAACAAAACGGUCAGCUUCGAGGAGCACAUCAAAAACGAGCACAACAUGUGGCACUACCUGUACUUUAUCGUGCUGGUGAAGGUGAAGGACCCGACCGAGUUUACCGGCCCCGAGAGCUACGUGCACGCGAUGGUGAAAGCGAACAUACAGGACUGGUUUCCACGGUUGCGCGCCAUGUCGCUGGCCGCCGUCGACGGCGAUGGCGAACAGAUUGAGCUGCGCAGUUUGAAGACCCUGCUCGAAACCAAUCACAUUGCGGUGCGCGAACUGAUGGCACAGAUUAUGGAGCUGGAAAAUAAGAUGACGGAGCAGCGCAAGCAACGGCAGAGGCACGCCCUGCUCAAUCCAACCACCUCCACGUCGUACCAGUUCUAUCCCCAGCUCUGAUGCUCUUCAGCCGCACUCCCGGACGAUGAGGGCGGCCAAGGAUGCAGGCCUUAGAGGGGACUAGGACACUGGGCACUGGGUCACACUAGGAAUUGUGCUGCACGUGGGAAGUAGAUUUGUGAUAAUCGUGCAAAAUGCUGAUUGUGGGCGAUGGGGUUACGUUUAAGGCCCUUGCUCUGGUUCCGGGCCUAAUAGGCUCAAGAUUCGAAUCGGGUGUGGAUGUUUCGUGUUUGCAAUAUUCUUCAACAGUUUCAUAGUUCUAUCAAGUUGGCCACCAAGGGUGAGUUCUUAGAAAGAAAUGCAAUUCGGGGACAGGGAGACAGAUCUUCUAGUAAGCAUGUUGUGUACAGAAAUAAAUCCGUUACAGAUCAGUGGUCGAAAAGGUUGCAAUUCUGUUUAACAGAACUCUAAGAUGUCGUCAAACAUUUCACUCGUCUAGGAUACGUUUUGUAACAAUCUCUUAUCUGUUCCUACCACUCCAAUUGUUGGCUGUCUUAACCGAUGUCCUCUCUCUCUCUCUCUCUCUCUCUCUUUCCGUGAGGCUCCAAAUGUAACUGUGAAUAUUUCCCACCUUAUCUUCUACCGACAGACUGAGACUUUCUAGGACUUUUUUCCAAUUCGACAACCCCUUUCUAUCAAUCAAUCUGUAGGACAAUAAACUCAUGGAGUCUAACUCAACGGUUUGCUCAUGCAAUAUGAAGGAAUUUUCGAUUGCACUCCCAUUGAAGUCUUUGUAUCUCCAUUUUAUAGUCGUUAAUGCGUAGCACAGUGAAAUUUACAAUAUGCACCGCAGCGUAUGCAACGAAUAACUGUUAUAGAUAAUACCCUAGAGCUAUCCCGGAAUCCUGAUUUGAUUUGAGGCACGUUUUGGAAAAGAAAAAGUCCCAUUUCUAUCGAAUCAAGCUAUGUGAUAUUUUUACUACCUUGCCUUUGUCUCGAUUUUCAAUCUCCCUACAAAAGUUUGGGUUUUGGCCAGAGUAAAAUUAGAAACAACAACAACUAUUUAUGAUGUAUUUAGCUUUAACGCAUCUAAGAUUGGAAACGUAAUAAAUUUGCACCACUGUUUCGUUGAUGGAUCGCUCUAUUUAGUCGCCGUUGGGUAUUCAAUAAGUCUUCACCCCAUUUGCCUCGUUGCACAGCACAGGUUUACUUUGAUCCCCGUUACAAUAGCACUCCUUGCAGUAGGCAUUUCACGUUUCAAACAAGUUAUCGGCAUUGGCAACAUGGGCAAAAUCAAGUAGAUCAGCUGUUACUAAAGCAGGGAAGAAUCACGCCACAGACGGUGGCUAUCUCGUUCAAAAAAGUAUAA